AUGGAGGAAGCUCCUAGUUUAGGUUUGUUCUUGUUGCAUCACCUGGAUUUUCUGGAUGAGGAGGAGGAUUAUGUGAUUGAGGAGUUGUUUGAGAAAACUUGUGGUCAUGAUGAGGCCAUUCAAUAUGUAACCUCAUUGAAAGAGAAUGGAAAUUCUCUUUUCAAAGUUACUGAAUUUGGCAACGCUUAUGCGAUAUAUCGGAAUGCUAUGAAGUGUCUUUGUGUUACCAUUUCUGCUAUUUAUGAAGAGUGCUCUGCCGAUAAUAUUGAUCAUGACAUUAGAAAGCUAGUUAUUUCUCUGCAAUUGAACAUUGCAGCGUGUGAAAUCAAACUUCUUCUGUUUAAGGAAGCCAUUAGUUCAUGUUCCUUGGUGUUAGGGGUUGAUAACAGUAAUGUGAAAGCUCUGUUUAGGCGAGGAGUGUCUUUUACAAAAAUAGGAAACUUUGAAGAUGGUUAUGCUGAUUUUAGAAUGGCGAGAGUAAUUGAGCCAAACAAUAAGGCGGUUGCUCAAGAGAUUGCAAAUCUUGAGGCGGUCCUCUUGCAAUUUCCUAGGGCUGAUGUUGGUGUAUGUCAAGCCCCAAUCUUUAGUGGUGUAGCCCCACAUGAUGCUACAGGUACCACGUUGUUGAACCCUGGACUUAAUGCAAUGCAUUUGGAUGUCCAGUAA